AUGGUCCGGGUUUCCCGCUCCAACUUCCCACCAGCCGGGAGUCAACCGGGCGCUCCGUUUCCGUUUCCUGUUCAGCUCCUUAUGCAACAUCAUGAACGCCACAAUAUCGUCAGUCAAGAGAAGGGCAUGUGUGGCGUGCACGGUUGCGAAAGCGAAAUGUACGCCACAGGCUGUCAACUUAUGCCAGCGACGAAGCGGAAGCACAAGGCUGCGCCGAGCCGUGUGGAGUUGCUAGAGAAGAAGGUCGACCAACUGACGUCGCAGCUGGCUGCCUUAACCCGGCAGAACGGGCGGGCACCGCCCGAUACUUCUAAUCUGCUCACCAACAACUUGGGCUCAUCUCGUGAUUCCGAGCUGGAUUCGGCAAACAUUGCCGCGCUGCUAGACGUUGCUCAAGACCCGUCCCACGGCCUUGAUCCGCCGACCAGCUCCAUUCUAGAAGGCCAGCCGUCUAUCGUAGACCAAGGGCUUUUGAGUGAAGCUGAGGCUGAACGCUUAGUCACGACUUUCCAGCUUGAAUUAGUGCCCAAGUUUCCCUUUGUAUUGAUUGCACACGGCGAGACAGCCGCUCGACUUAGGGACCAAGAGCCUUUUCUCUUUUUGUGUGUUGUGGCCGCAACUAUGGGCAGUGCGCACCCUAUGCGCAAAACUGUCGCCGAGGAGAUUAUGAAGCAUGUCACGUUGAGGGUUGUGGCGCGAUCCGAGAGGAAUCUUGAGUUACUCCGUGGUCUGUUGGUUCACGUCGCAAAGUCUAGUACAAAUUUGGAUGAGCAGCGGGCGCUGCUUGGUACGUAUUGGCUGUCGGCUGGUUUAUGUGGCACACUCGGCCGGCCGACGGUCAUGAAGCAUGAUGAUCGAACCAAUGAGUGCAUUGACAGUAUAUCCUCUACCGAGCAUUUAUCUGAUCGGUGGGUUGCGCCAUUUAUACAUCUACAGUCGUUCUUGGCAACAGUGGAUGAUGUUUACGCUUCGAUACAAGCAAGCGGUGGAAGGGCUCUCGUUCAAGUUACGCGCGGCUCUCUGCAGCGGCAAUUUGAUAGCGUGAGGGCAUGUGUAGAAAAGGACAUCUCAAGCUGCCCUUCGUCAACAGAGAAUGCUAUGCGCAUUGAGAUCAAAUACGUGGAAAUCCGGCUCGAGGAAUUAUCUCUUCGGCAGGAAAUGUGGAUUACAGAGCCUGCCAGCGCAGUCCGGACAACCAUGCUAAUGGGUAUAAUACAGCGAAGCAAGGAACUCAUUCACAUGAUCACAAACCUACCAGUGUCGGAAAUUGCUCAAAUUACAAUAACUACAUGUGCUCGUAUAUGUGCCGCAGUGGGCUACAUGCCUGCUGCAGUAUUGACUCUUCUCAAUCUCAUUGCUACUCCUACGGACUCUGCCAUGGAAGCCCAGGUGCAGGCCGUUGUGGAUGCAGCAGAGUAUCCCAAUCUUGUCAUAGAGCUUGCCAACGCACUGGAGACAAAAUGUGAGGGAAUGUCUGCUGCAGACAAAGAGGCGGACAUUGUGGGGAGCCUUUGCUCCAAAAUGCGGCUUCUAGCACGUUGUUAUCCAUAUCAAAUCAAGGCAAUUGUUGGAAGUGCGCCGUCCCAAGACGCAAGGCAGGAUACGUCCAUGAUGACUGUUCACGCCAAUGAUGUUGCUAUGACACCCCAAGUCUGGCCAGAUGGGUCUGCCUACGGCGAUCUAGGCGACAUGUUCCCUAUCGAAGACAUCCAGUGGGAUUCUCUAUUGAGUGAUUUCAUUGGUUUUAGCUAG